CUGGAGAGAUCAUGAAAUGGAAAUGAGGGCUAUAAUCCUUAUGAGAAAGCUUCUUCUACUAGCUUUAAUUGCAUUUAAUAUUCCGUAUGCCGAAGCUGAUUGGCUUCUCUCAGAUCAACAGGAGAUUGCGGUUCGAUCUCAAAGAGAUAUUUCUAGGCCAAUACCAAUAGAUCAGUUGACUACAUUCGGAGUAUCAUUGAAUCGGUUAGUUUUUGAGAACGAAGGAUAUAAUCAUGAGGCAUUAUCGCUGGUAUUGAUGUUGUUGAGUCUGAGUAUACAAACAAUAAUGGUGGAUUUAUAUUGGAAUGAGUUUGUUGAAAAAUGGCAACUAUGUCCAGCACCAUUCCCAUCAAAUGUUACUAACAACUUGCUGGACACAGUUGAUGUAAUAUGGAAGGGUGGAAAAUACAAAUGCCAGCCGGGUUUGACGACACAACAUUUGAUGAAUGUCAUUGAAGAUUAUUUGUCUCGUACAAAUACUAAUAUGGAUGUUAAUAUUAUUCAAGUUUUAUUUAAUUUGAAAUCCAUUUCUUAUGAAGAUAUUGCAAAGCCUAAAGGGAAUUCUUCCAAGAAGACAGGUCCAGAUAGCUCUAUUUAUACAUCUCAACCUUCGGAUUAUCUUUCACUAGGGAAUUCCUCUUUGAAUGAUACUAUCAGUCCUUUAAGUACUUACUUGUACACUCCUACUAAUUUGAAGGAUUUUGAAAACACUGCUUCCCAAAGCGAGGAUGAAAAUGAUAGUGGUGAUAGCAAUUUCUAUAACUCAACUGACGGUACCUUUCCUACACUAGAAAAUUUCCUAUUCUCUAAUUAUAAACGUACUUUAGCAAUUGUGAUGAAUAAUGAGUUGGAAAAGACUAACAGAACUUAUAAUAUUUCAAGUAAUGACCGGAAAAAUAUUUUCUUUCGUGAUGGAAAGGAUAUAUCUGAUUUCAGCUCGGUAUUUGUGUCUACUCAAAAUCAAAGUGUUUCCGAUUUUUGUGAUAGCAUAAUGACAGACUAUGCAUCUCUUGAUGAGUUUGAUGACUUGGCUCUCAAUCAGCAUUCCAGAUUCAUCGUUGAUGAUAAUGACCAUGAAUUUACCAAUGAUAGUUUUGCAGAUUAUGUCAGAUGUGGACUUUCGCCAAUAUUAAAUUCCACCAAGUAUGAUUUGUCUAAUACCCCAGGUAAUUAUACUUCGAAAUUAGCCAGAACAAUUGAUACUUUUUCCGACUUAGUCUUUUGGUCGUGGGCUGUUGAUCAACCACGACAACCAACGGACAGCAGUGACUACGAUAGUGACGAAGAAAAUGACGAUAAACUUUAUGGUUAUAGUGAUGAUGGCAACAGCAGCAUUGCUUCGAAUGAUACCGACAACACUAAUGACCCCAGCGAUCCAAGACAAAGAGCUUAUAAAUGCGUGGCAGUAUUCCCUGAUGGUUGGAAACUAGCUAAUUGUUACGGUUCUUAUAAUUAUGCUUGCAAACACAAAAGCUCUCCCAAUGAUUGGUUCAUAAAUGCAGACAGGCACAAGGAGUAUUUUGAAGCUUAUAAAAAGGGUACCUGCCCUGAAGAGUACAGUUUUGGUGUUCCCAGACUGAGUAUAGAGAUGCUAUCAUUACUACAUUACAUCGAUCAGAAGAAUAUUAGUUAUCCGGUGUGGAUUGAUGUUAAUGACGUGACCGUCACCGACUGUUUCGUUUCUGGUGGUCCCUACGCUGAAUGUCCUUACCAAAAAACAAUCACGAGGCUGACUUUGGCUAAGCUUGUUGCCCCAAGUUUUAUCGUUGCCGUUUUCAUUCUAUCUUUAUGGUUUCUUGAGAAAUUCCUUAGGGUUAAUCCAGUACAGACCAACCGUAAAAGGCACUGGAAGCGCGUGAUUAACGAAUACUAUAAAGACCAUGACUAUGAAGGUGUUCCGUCGUGAUAUUUAUAUAGAUUUGUAUAGCUUAAU